AUGGUUCUUAAUUUGAUCAAAAGAGAAGACACAAAUCGAACCGCUCUUUAUCCGACUCAGUUCCUAUUUAAGCCAACAGUUAUCACAGUUCAAUCAUCAUUCAGCAGUGAUUUCUUGUUCAGUCUACACCGUGGAAAGGCAAUCAUGAAGGCGUUCAUCGUACUCUCCGUGACUUUUGCCAUUAUUGCUAGCUGUGGGGCAGUCGACAACAGCCAGAAGGAAAAACGGGGUCUCUGGGAGGAAAGCUACGAAAACCACGAGCAGCGGCACUAUAACCCAUAUGAAGACGACAACAGCCAGUUGCAUCAUUUCUCAACUCAUCAGUAUAAGGAAUACGAACAUGACAACAAGAACCAGUAUUACCAGCAUCAGGAUCUGAGCAACCAGUGGGAAGCUAAGAAGGAAAUCAAGCACAUCAUCACCAAGAAAGUCCCAGUUCCAUACCCAGUUGAGGUCGAGAAACGCAUCCCAGUCGAAGUGAAGGUCCCAUACCCAGUAGAAACUGAGAAGAAGGUCCCAGUUGUCGUCGAAAAGAAGGUUCCAGUGUACGUCGAAAAGAAGUAUCCGGUCCAUGUAGAUCGCCCAGUUCCCUAUCCGGUGAAGGUUGAGGUCCCAGUCUACAAGAAGGAGUACGUUGAGGUCCCAAAGCCAUACGCAGUUCAUGUUGAGAAGCCUUAUCCAGUGUAUGUGGACAAGAAAAUCUACGUAGAGAAACCAGUGCCGGUCACUGUUUACAUCAAGAAGCACGAGAAGAAGCCUUUCUGGGUUAUCACAGUUCAAUCAUCAUUCAGCAGUGAUUUCUUGUUCAAUCUACACCGUGGAAAGGCAAACAUGAAGGCGUUCAUCGUACUCUCCGUGGCUUUGGCCAUUAUUGCUAGCUGUGGGGCAGUCGACAACAGCCAGAAGGAAAAACGAGGCAUCUGGGAGGAAAGUUACGAAAAUCACGAGCAGCGUCACUAUAACCCAUAUGAAGACGACAACAGCCAGUUGCAUCACUUCUCAACUCAUCAGUACAAGGAAUACGAACAUGAUAACCAGAACCAGUAUUACCAGCAUCAGGAUCUGAGCAACCAGUGGGAAACUAAGAAGGAAUUCAAACACAUCAUCACCAAGAAAGUCCCGGUUCCAUACCCAGUUGAGGUCGAGAAACGCAUCCCAGUCGAAGUGAAGGUCCCAUACCCAGUGGAAACUGAGAAGAAGGUCCCAGUUGUCGUCGAAAAGAAGGUCCCAGUGUACGUCGAGAAGAAGUAUCCAGUCCAUGUAGAUCGCCCAGUUCCCUAUCCGGUGAAGGUUGAGGUCCCAGUCUACAAGAAGGAGUACGUUGAGGUCCCAAAGCCAUACGCAGUUCAUGUUGAGAAGCCUUAUCCAGUGUAUGUGGACAAGAAGAUCUACGUAGAGAAGCCAGUGCCAGUCACCGUUUACAUCAAGAAGCACGAGAAGAAACCAUUCUGGGGUUGAGCACUGCGUGAGAAAACA